CUUCCUGCUGGAGUCCGCGAUGCUCAUGAGCGGUGUCCAGCUAUCCCUCUUCAUCGACGCUCUCUUCGUAACUCUCAUCAUAAACGUCACUGCCGAGAUACAUGUCCUCAACAGCAACAUUCAGAAUCUGAAAACUGCAACUGUCCGUGUAGCUGGUCCACAGUCGAUGACCGCUGAAUCUGCGUUUAUUGGGACGGCGCAAAAUAUGGCAGUUGGAGACGAGUCGACACUCAUCGCAACUUCUACUAGACCCGAUAUUGAUUGUACCAAUUUUUCGACAUCUGACUUCACUUCAACAUACCCCAAUCACAAAAAAAGCGCUAAUGAUGAAAUGUAUCAACUGUUAGUAGAGAAUAUCCGGCACCAUCAACUCAUUAUCGUAUGUGUGAGCGAGCUAGAAAAGGCAGUAAGCAUGGGAGCAUUUGCCCUUCUCUCCAUAAACAUUCUCAACCUGUGUUCGCACAUCUUCUCUUUAGUAGUUAUGCUGGAGAGAGACACCAGUGUGUCCGCUAGAACCAAAAUGUUUCUCGCCGUUCCUAUCUUCAUGUGUCAGAGUGGCCUGUACUGCCUCACAGGACAGGCGAUUAUUGACGAGAGCGAACGGCUCGUCAACUCUGCCUUCAGCUGCGGUUGGCCCGACGCCGAUGAACGCUUCAAGAGGUCUCUCCGAGUCUUCAUGGUGCGCGCCGCGCAGCCCCUCCGCAUCAGAGUGGGCAAGCUCAUCUCCCUCUCCAGGGCCACCUUCCAAGAGCUCUUGAAGGGAUCGUACCAGCUAUUCAACGUGGUGUACCAGUUCCACACCAACUAGAUCGCAAUACCCUGGCGUCAUAUGCCAUGGCUACGUCCGGCGCUGCGGCUUACGACAACGACCUCGUGAGGAAUGGUCUCAGCUUUCUCA